GUGAAUGAUGAACUAAUGAGAUUCUUUUCUCUGUGUAAAAAAUUUAAGGACAGAGUUGAAAACAAUAAAACAGCAUUAGCAGAAUAUGUAAACUUUAUGAAUGGAAAGGAAGUGGCUAAUGUCUUAGACAAAGUGAUUGGAAAACUUGGUCUGAAUAAAAAUGUAUUGGAACCAUUUGAUUUGAAGACAAUGUUUGUUAUCUGUGGUUCUGAAUUAGCUUUGUCCAAAGGUUCACCGUGGUGUGAUUUAUUUGAUGAUGAAGAUAUGGAAGUGUUAGAAUAUGCUAUUGAUCUCAAGAAAUAUUAUAAGUAUGGACCAGCGUAUAAAAUAACCAGUGACCAGACGUGUGAGCUAGUAUCUGAAUUAUUUACUGUAAUGGAUGAUGUUAUUACAGUAAUGGACAGGACUGAAGAUGAUCCUGAUGCUGAUGGAUUUUUGGUUGGUAACUUGAUGUUUGGUCAUGCAGAAACUCUAUCACCACUAUACUCAACAUUAGGAAUAUUCAAUGAUACAAUUCCACUGACAGCUAAGAAUUUUGCUCAGCAUCAGAAUAGAAAGUUUAGGACUUCAGAUAUUUUACCGUUUUCAGCCAAUAUAAUGAUUGUACUGUACGAAUGUGAAACUAAUGAUGAACUAGUCAAUGAUGAAGAGGAAUAUGAAGAAUUAGGAGAAGAUUAUUAUGUUCAAGUUUUAGUGAAUGAGAAACUCAUUAAAAUUCCAGGUUGUGCUGAAACAUUGUGCUCGUAUAAUAAAUUCCGUGAACAACAUUUGAAUCAAAUUGAUGAGUGUCAUUUUGAUGAAGUGUGCGGGUCUGAGUCUGAUGAAAAUAAAAUGCAUGAUGAAUUAUGA